AUGAAGGCCUCCAUCGCAGCACUCACCAGCAUCGUCGCACUCGCUUCCGCUGCUCCUCCAGGCUUCCCACCCAGACCAUGGUGUGACCUCAGCGAAGACACCGCCGCCGCCCUCGUUGACGGCUUCGGCUCCCUCCUCACCACCUUCACCACCGACAACGCCAACAAAUUCCUCCACGCUUCCAACUUCACCGACACCUCCUCCUCGAUCAACUUCCUGACGGGCCAGCCCCUCGACGGCAUCACCUUCCCCAACCGCGACGCCUUCAUUGCCGGCCAGGGCGCCCAGCCCCCCAUCGGCUUCGAGGUCUUGGGCAUCGACGCCGUGGCCUGCAAGGCGCCUGGCGACGGCGUCGUGGCGUUCCGUUGGAAGGCCACGGUCGGGGGGAACCAAACUGGGGGUGCCAAGGGGAUUAAUGUCCUGUAUGUGACCAAGGAGGGCGUGUUGGAGGGGCAGGGGGUCGAGGGGUGGGUUAUUGAGAGUGUGUUUAGCGAGUUUAAUAAUGCGGUGUGGGUGCAGGAGUUUGGGGGGAGUUGUGAGGUGGCUGCGCCGCCGCCGGCGUCGUAG